AGUCUGCUGCAGCAAGCCGCCUCAUAACUCUCCUUCUUCACUCCCCCUUUCCUCCCCUCCCCUCCCCUCAAUUCAAUUCCCCUUCCUUUGUUUAUUUUUACCUUUUAGGUACCCUAGCUAGCCUUUAACCAAACUGGGAAUUCAACUCAAAUCCCACCCAUGAAUCCAUGAAUCCAUGAUUCCCAUUCCCAUCAGUAAUGUCACGAUUCCAGACCAAAGAGUAAGUGGAGGCGGAGGAUAUCGACAGCCACCGGAGAUAUCGACAGCCCCCGGAGAAUAGUAAGGUAGCUACUGGUUUGUAUUUUUCGAAACCACGUCCAACAACAGGAUCAUCAGCAACCCUUACGAAAUGCUGGACUACGAAUGGGGAAACCCCAACAACGUCGUCAUGCUCUCGCCCGACACCGACUCCGAUUCCAUCCACGGAUCCGACCCUACCAGACACCACCACCACCACAAUCACGCCAGCACUUUUCUCGACCACUAUGCGUCCUCGCAAGCCUCCGCCUUCAACAACCUCGUCCCCGCUCCUCCUCCUCCCCCGCCGCAGCCUCACCACCAAACCUCCACCUUCGCCAACCAUUUUAACCCUACCCACCAUCAGGCCCAACAGCUCCACUCCAUCUACGACCCCCACGCCUACGCCAGCGCGUCCACCUACGCGCCUCCCCACCACCAGCACCAGCACCACUCCAUGCUCGGGCUCGACCCAGUCCACGGCGGCGCAGCCAAUGGGCUUAUGCUGAUCCCCAAGUCAGAGGACAUGUGCCCGCCCGUAGACUUCGCCUCCAGGAUCGGCCUCAACCUUGGCGGCCGGACCUACUUUGCGUCCGAGGACGACUUCAUGAACCGGCUUUACCGCCGGUCCAGGCCAGGCUCCGAGAUCACCUCGACCCACUCGCCCCGCUGCCAGGCCGAGGGCUGCGCCGCCGACCUCUCCCACUCCAAGCACUACCACCGGCGCCACAAGGUCUGCGAGUUCCACUCCAAGGCCUCCACCGUCAUCGCCAACGGGUUGACUCAGCGAUUCUGCCAGCAGUGCAGCAGAUUCCAUCUUCUCUCCGAGUUUGACAACGGCAAGCGCAGCUGCCGGAAGAGGUUGGCCGAUCACAAUCGCCGACGGCGAAAAACUCAGCAAACGAUUCAAGAACAUCACAACUCACAGCAUCAACAACAACCACCGCUGGAAAAGGCCCGGAAUUCAUCCUCAGAUAAUGUUGCAAGUUCUCCACCGGAGUCGGCUGCUCUUUCUGUAUCCUCGGUGACCGUGGCAGUGUCGCCGCCGCGAAUGACGUUGGAUUGUUUUAGGCAAAGAGCACCGUACCAAAAUGCUGCCGCUACGACAUCUUCAGGCUCUUCAGCUCACUUUUUUUCUCAAGUUGGUCAAAUUUGAAUAGUAUGAGCUAGCUAGCCAGGAAGGAAUAAUCAAGACUUAAUUUUCAGUUAAUUAACUAGUUACAUACGGAAUUAAUUAGUUAAUCUCGACGUUAUCUAUUUUAAAUCUUUCCCUAAAAUUUCAGUCUUAGUCUGGAUGAGUUUUAGUCACAUUAUAUUAUUAUUACAUGCACUGUUGGAGCAUGAAUUGGCCUAUAUCUAUAUAUAUGUUAUUUGGAAAAUGAUAAUUAUACACAUCAUUUUUAGCAUCUUA